AUGAAACUACUUGCUGUCAUUUUGCUGAGCGUUGUUGGCUCUUCUGAUGCCUUGUUUGGUAUUGGUAGGACGCAAUCAGUAGCCGUUAAGGGUCGUCUACUGUGUAAUGGAAACCCAGCUUCAAAUGUCAAACUCAAACUCUACGAGAAGGAAGCCACCUUUGACGUCAAAAUGGCCGAAGGAAAAACAGAUCGGAACGGUGAAUUUCAGCUUUCGGGUUACAAGACUGAAAUUUCAACAAUUGACCCGAAACUAAACAUUUAUCAUAAGUGCAACUACAACGGAAUUUGCUAUCGAAAAUUUGGCAUCACCAUUCCGGACAACUUCAUCAGCGACGGUCGGAAUCCACAAAAAACCUUCGACAUCGGCGUUAUCAAUCUCGCAAAUCGAUUCAGCGGUGAAUCCACCGACUGUAUAAACUAA